CGGAGAAUGACGUUUUGAAACGGAGAUAUAAUUUAACACGGAAAAGACAGGUGAAUCGUCCAUAUAUUCAGAAUGCGGAUUCUGGAUUAAUAUUCUCUCAUAUCCCUGUAAAUAUUAUUUUACUGGAUAACGGAAGGAAUAUCAGUAUUUUAUGGACGGAAGAAUGUCGGACAGAACAAUGAAACGGCAAGUACUGUUGGUUGUGUCGCUUGUUUGCCUCAGCUCAGUUUGGGGGCAAGUCAGCUAUUCUAUUCCCGAGGAAAUGCAGACGGGAUCCGUAGUUGGGAACAUAGCUCAGGAUUUGGGUUUAGAUCUCAAAAGACUGAAAUCGGGGAAAGCUCGUAUAUAUACUGGAGAGGGCACAGAAUAUAUCGCGCUAAAUGCAGAAAGGGGAGUUCUCGUCGUCAAAGAGAGGAUAGACAGAGAAGCGCUGUGCGGACAGACGACGCCCUGUGCUCUGGCUUUUCAGAUAAUUCUGCAGAAUCCGAUGCAAUUUUACAGCAUUACUGUUGAAAUCACUGAUAUUAAUGAUAACGCUCCUGCAUUUAAAAACAAUGAGAUUAAGUUUGAGAUCAGUGAACUGGCUCACACUGGAUCAAAAUAUGUUUUAGAAAAGGCUGUUGACUCCGAUGUAGGUGUAAAUGGGCUGCAAGGAUAUUCACUGAGUUCAACCGACAUUUUCACUUUAAACCCUUAUAAAAUAGGCACUGAUAGAAAAGUGGAAAUGGUUUUAAAGAAGCCCCUUGAUCGAGAAAAACAAGAGCGCCUGACUUUAGUAUUGACUGCCGUAGACGGUGGAAAUCCGCAGCUAUCUGGAACAAUACAAGUAACAGUAUCUGUACUGGACGCAAACGAUAAUGCGCCCAUUUGUACUCAGGCCGAGUUUAGGUCAAAUGUGAAAGAAGACUCAUUGAAAGGAACUACUCUUGCCACAGUGAGCGCAAAAGACGCAGAUGAGGGUCCACAUGGACAAAUAAAAUAUUCACUUUCUAAUGUUCCAGAUGGUGCACUUGGAAUGUUUGAUGUAGAUGAAGAAAAAGGUGUAGUUACAUUAAAUGGCAAACUCGAUUAUGAAAAGUUUAGGCAUUAUGAGAUAGAUAUCCAGGCAGCAGAUGGAGGUGGUAACUCUGAUGAGUGUAAAGUUAUAAUCGAGGUGCUGGACACAAAUGAUAACCCACCAGCUGUCAAUAUUAUGUCAACGUCAACAAGUGUGUCUGAAGAUGUUAAGCCAGGCACAGUUCUGACUAUGAUAAAUGUUCAGGAUCCAGAUUCAGAUGACAAUGGUAGGGUUCAUUGCGUGUUAGAUGAAAAUAGUCAUUUCAAAAUCAAGUCAACAUCAAAUAAUUUCUUUACUUUAGUGACAGAAAGUGAAUUAGACAGAGAAACAGCAUCUGAGUAUAAUAUAACUGUGACCUGCUCUGAUGAAGGAGUACCCUCCCUCUCCAGCAGCGUCACUCUCACCUUACAGAUCUCUGAUGUCAAUGAUAACCCUCCUGUCUUUGAGAGGAGCUCAUAUGAGGCCUACAUUGUAGAAAACAACACACCAGGUCUUUCUAUAUUCACAGUGAAAGCCACAGAUGCUGAUUGGAACCAGAAUGCCCGUGUUUCAUACAUACUGGAGGACUCCUCUGUUAACGGAGUGCCAGUCUCCUCAUAUGUGUCCGUUAGUGCUGAUAGUGGAGUCAUCCAUGCAGUGCGUUCUUUUGACUACGAACAAAUCAAGGAUUUCCAGUUCCGGGUCAAAGCUCAGGAUGGAGGCUCCCCUCCACUCAGUAGUAAUGUGACUGUGAAAAUAAUGAUCCAGGACCAGAACGACAACGCCCCUCAGGUUCUCUACCCAGUCCAGACUGGUGGUUCUCUGGUGGCUGAAAUGGUGCCUCGUUCAGCAGAUGUGGGCUAUCUGGUCACUAAAGUGGUGGCUGUUGAUGUGGACUCUGGACAGAACGCCUGGCUCUCCUAUAAACUGCAGAAAGCCACAGACAGGGCGCUGUUUGAGGUGGGCUUACAGAAUGGAGAAGUCAGAACUAUCCGCCAAGUCACUGAUAAAGAUGCAGUCAAACAAAGACUGGCUGUUAUAGUGGAGGACAACGGACAGCCCUCUCGUUCAGCUACAGUCAUUGUUAACGUGGCGGUGGCGGACAGCUUUCCUGAAGUGCUGUCUGAGUUCACUGACUUUACACACGACAAGGAGUACAAUGAGAACCUGACUUUUUACUUAGUGUUGGCUUUGGCUGUAGUUUCCUUCCUCUUCAUCACGUGUGUGGUGGUCAUUAUAUCAGUGAAAAUCUACAGAUGGAGACAGUCUCGCAUCCUGUAUCACUCCAAUCUGCCAGUGAUUCCAUAUUAUCCACCACGUUACUCCGACACUUUGGGGACAGGGACUCUCCCACACGUGUACAACUACGAGGUGUGCAGGACGACUGACUCCAGAAAGAGUGACUGUAAGUUUGGCAGAGCUGGUAGUCAGAACGUGCUGAUAAUGGACCCCGGUUCAACAGGGACGAUGCAGAAGAUACAAAGUGAAAAGAGCAUCCUGGAUGAACCAGACUCUCCUCUAGAGGUGAGUUUUCUAGAAAUAAUGAAAUACAGUCAGUGCAUAUGA